UUGGUUCUCCCUGUGGCGCAGUGGUUUUUACGGCAUUUUUAUUUUGCGGCUAUUUUAUAACGAUAUGGACCGUAAUGGACUGAAAGACGGGCGAACACGCACAGAGUCAGAGGUCGCGCUGCGUGUGGAGUAUUAGCAGCAGUUCAUGCAGCUGAGCCUCGAGCCUUAUUACCACUGAGCUGCUCCUGUUUGCUCACAAACUCCAGAUUACUGCAGUAGCAGGGAAACAGGCCUUUAACAAUGGACAGUAUGGUGCACACUCUGUCAAUCUGUCAAACAGAGUUUAUCAGCAUUGGAGUUCGGGAUCCAAGGCUUCUAAAAGAUGACCUCUGGCACACACACGUUGACUACGAGAUCUGUUUACAAACAAAUAGCAUGUGCUUCCGAAAGAAGUCGUCCUGUGUAAGACGGCGAUACAGUGAGUUUGUUUGGCUGCGUCAUAGUCUGGAACAGAAUGCUCUGAUCAUGGAGUUGCCCAAGUUGCCACCCUGGAAUCCCUUCUUCAGCCUGAAAAAUGCUGAGCAGGUCGUACAGAGGAUGAAGGGCUUCCAGGAGUUUUUAGAAAGUGUUCUUCAAAGGCCUUUUUUGUUAUCGGACAGUCGACUUCAUCUGUUCCUCCAGUCAGACCUCAGCAUCACAAGAAUGUCGAGGUGUGCUCUUGGUAAGACCAAGUACACAGUGGCUGAAGCCAUACAGCGGUCCAGCAGUGGUUACGUCAGCGGAUUGGUGGACAAGGCCACCUGUGACUCUGACUGUGAAAGCUCUUCUUCGUCAGGCUUGGGAUUAAGCGUGGACACUCAAGUGCGAGGAAGCCCCGUCCUCUUCUUGGGGUCCUGACAGAGACCCAGAGCUGUGCAGCGGUCUUCAGAACUCCUUACCCCACUCAUUGCGCCCUGA